AUCAACGUCUGGGAGCUCCAGAGGAAGGACCAGCUGCAGCAGAAGAUCAUCUGUCCCGGGCCUGUGACCUGCCUGACAGCCUCUCCCAACGGGCUCUACAUCCUGGCGGGGGUCGCCGAGAGCAUCUACCUGUGGGAGGUGUCCAACGGGAACCUCCUCGCCAUCCUGAACCGACACUACCAGGACCUCACGUGCCUCUGCUUCACUGACGACAGCAGCCACUUCCUCUCAGGGGCCAAGGACUGCCUGGCCCUGGUGUGGAACCUCUACAAUGUGUUGCAGGCAGAGCCCUCCCAGAUCCCUGACCCCCGGCACGUCUGGUCCCAGCACAGCCUCCCCAUCACCGACCUGUGCUGCGGCUUCGGAGGGCCCCUGGCACGGGCUGCCACCGCCUCCCUCGACCAGACAGCCAAGCUCUGGGAAAUCUCAUCUGGGGAGCUCCUGCUUUCCGUUCUCUUCGACGUGGGGAUCAUGGCUGUGACUCUGGACCUCUCUGAGUUCCACAUGUUCUGCGGGGGCAUGGAUGGGUCCAUCUUCCAGGUCGAUCUCUGCGCCUGGCCGGUACAGAGAGACCGGACCUUCCAGACGGAGCGGGAGAACGGGAAGGUCUUUAAAGGGCACAGGAACCAGGUGACAUGUCUGUCAGUCUCCACAGACGGCAGCCUCCUGCUCUCGGGCUCUCACGACGAAACCGUCCGGCUGUGGGACAUCCAGAGCAAGCAGUGCCUGAAGACGAUGAAUCACAAAGGUCCAGUGACAAACGCCUUCAUCGUGCUGGCGCCUGCCAACAUGUUCAACCCCGACGGGAAGCCCAGCGUGCCCCUGCCCAAGUUCAGCAGGCACCUGCACGGCACCGAGAGCAGCGACGAGCCGGGCACUGAGGGGGUGACGCUGCGCCUGGGGCUGCACCAGCAGGAGCCUGGGCAGAGCUACCUGGAGAAGGCAGAGAAGAUGUACUCGCAGAUGUACUCCACGAGGGAAGAGAACCUGGUGGGAGACCAAGAGCACCUGACAAUCCAGGUGAGCGAGCUGGAGGAGGAGGUGAGCAACCUCCGGAAAAUCAACAAGGACCUCUUUGACUUCUCCACUCGCAUCAUCACCAAACCAGCCAAGUGAAGAGGCUGCCCCCGCCCUCGCUCCCCUCCGCCUCUCCCUGUCCGGCUCCUGCGGAAGAGCCCGCCCGCCCUCGGGCACCGCCCAGCCGGCUGCGAGCACCGGCUCACCUUCCCCUGACCCGGCACACGCCGCCUGCUCCGUGACGCGGGACUGAGACCGGCGAGGGGGCAGCACAGGGACCGUGUUCGCCCCGGUUCGGGGCCGGGGGGCUCUCGGGCGGCCGCUGCAGGAGGAGCUCAGGCUCCUGGGAGGGCUCAGGAUGCAGCUCCUGCUCAUUCCCCGUCUCUUCCCCUUGCCCCUUUUUUGUUUCUUUUCGUUACUUGACCCUGCAGUGCAGACAGAAACGUGUUUUCCUCUCAAUACCGAUUUGAGAUUGGAUUUUGGAGACCCCCUUCUGCCCACCCUGUCCUGGGGAUUGCUGCUCAGUGCCACUGGACCCUGUGCUCUGGACAGCAAGGGCUGAGCAGCUCAGGUGCAACCUGAGGGGGGCUGCUGCAACAGGUGGGGGGUCCCAGGCUACCAGGGCUUAGAUUUGGCUCCUGCUCCAUCUGGCAAGCAGGGCCUGGGUUUUCUCUGGGCUUAGAGCACAGGUGGUGGUUUUGGGGCGCAGGGUCACUCUGGGGAGGGGUGGGGGUCCAGCAAGGUGCUAUUUCCAAUCUCAUCAGUCAACAAUUUAUAUAUAUUUGGAUCUACCGACUCUGUUUUCACGGUGUUUGGGGACUUGGCCUUUUGUAUUGUCACAGCAUGGCAGCGGGGGUUGUGGGUUUUAUUUAGGUUUAUU